AAACCAAAAAAUAAAAAUAAAAAUUUAAGAAUCAGAGCAUCACCAAUCACUCAGCCAACUUUUUGUUCUUUGGGAAGUAUGAAGCAUCAUCUUCAUCAUCAUCAUCAUCAUUACCAUCGUCGUCGUCCAGCUCUGCUCUGAACCCUGUUAACGCUUUCCCCUCUCUCUCUCUCUCUCACUCUGCAAUUUGUUGCCAGAAAGGCCACGUUCAGCUUUCCCCAAAUUCUGGGCCCCACUCCCCAUGUGCAAAAAUCUCAUUCCCUACUAUUACUCCACUUCCCCAGAUCUCUUUGUCUCUCUCUCCAAUCCCUUCCCCUCGUCCUCAAUCUUCAGAAUCCAAUGCUUUGUAACUCCCUCUAACCCCACAAAACAACCCCAUUUCUCUCUCUCUCUCUCUCUCUGCUCUUCUCCUCUUCUCUGUGGAACUGAUAUUAUCUUCUGGAGAUGGAAACCCGUGUUGGGCUGAAGCUCUUAACAAUUUUUGUUGCUGGGUUUUGUUCAGUCUUCUUCACUAAUGUUGUCUCUGUCACCAAUCCAGGCGACGUGGCGGCGAUGAUGGCUCUGAAGAAGAGCUUGAACGCGCCGGAGGAACUCGGGUGGUCCGACCCGGAUCCCUGCAAGUGGAACCACGUUGUCUGCUCGGACGACAUGCGCGUCACCCGGAUCCAAAUCGGGCACCAGAAUCUCCAAGGUACACUCCCUCCAAACCUCUCCAACCUCACCCAGCUUGAGCGCCUAGAGCUUCAAUGGAACAACAUUUCCGGGCCUUUGCCGAGCCUCACUGGGCUCAGCUUAUUGCAAGUUUUAAUCCUUAGCAACAACCAUUUGAGUUCCAUUCCCGUGGAUUUUUUCUCCGGCUUCUCGUCGCUGCAAUCUGUUGAGAUCGAUAACAACCCUUUUGCGGCGUGGCAAAUCCCGGGUAGCCUGAGAAAUUCUUCGGGCCUUCAGAAUUUCUCGGCUAAUUCCGCGAAUGUUUCCGGGAAAAUACCCCAUUUUCUCGGCCCUGGUGAUUUUCCCGGGCUGACUAAUCUGCAUUUGGCCUUCAAUAACUUGGAGGGCGGGUUGCCCGCGAGCUUUUCCGGGUCCCAAAUCGAGUCUUUGUGGGUUAACGGGCAGACUGGGAAACUCAGCGGACGAAUUGAUGUGAUUCAAAACAUGACAUUCUUGAGGGAGGCUUGGCUGCAUUCCAAUGCAUUUUCUGGGCCUUUGCCUGAUUUUUCUGGGUUAAAGGAAAUGCAGAGCUUAAGUCUUCGGGACAAUUCGUUUACCGGCCCUGUUCCGGUAUCUUUAUUUAGUCUUGCUUCCCUGAAAACUGUCAAUUUGACCAAUAAUUUGCUUCAAGGGCCAGUUCCCAAGUUCAGGGAUUCAGUUGUAGUGGAUAUGACCGUGGAUACAAAUAGCUUUUGUUUGUCAAAACCUGGCGACUGCGAUCCGAGAGUGAAUGCCUUGCUUUCAGUUGUGAAAUCAAUGGGCUACCCUGCGAAGUUUGCAGAGAAUUGGAAGGGAAAUGAUCCUUGUGCGGAUUGGUUUGGCAUUACCUGCAAUGGUGGAAACAUUACCAUAGUUAAUUUUCAGAAGAUGGGUCUUAAUGGUUCCAUUUCACCUGAAUUUGCAUCACUUAAAUCGUUGCAAAGGCUGGUUCUUGCCGAUAACAAUCUCACCGGUACUAUUCCUGAAGAGCUUUCAACCCUGCCUGCGCUCACUGAACUCGAUGUUGCGAACAACAAGAUUUCUGGGAAAUUACCGGCUUUCAAGAGUAAUGUGAUGGUAAAUACUGAUGGGAAUGUGGAAUUCGGAAAGGAGAAAAGUGAUUCUUCUUCUUCGCCCUCUUCUUCUGGUGGCUCUGGUUCAUCUUCUAAUGCUGGUUCGGGAGAUGAAGGCGGUUCUGAAAAUGGGAAGAAAUCAAAGAAAUGGAUUGGAGUAGUCGUGUUUUCCAUAAUUGGGGGGCUUUUCCUGAUUUUCUUGAUCGGUUUAGCUGGCUUCUGUCUGUAUAAGAGUCAACAAAAGCGCUUUAGCAGAGUACAGAGCCCUAAUCAAAUGGUAAUCCAUCCUCGUCAUUCAGGAUCCGAUAAUGAGAGCAGCGUGAAGAUCACGGUGGCAGGAUCGAGUGUUAGUGUUGGUGCGGUGAGUGACACGCAUACUGUUCUUAGCAGCGAGACGAGUGACAUCCAAAUGGUUGAAGCAGGAAACAUGGUAAUUUCUAUUCAGGUGCUGAAAAAUGUAACCAACAAUUUCAGCGAGGACAAUAUAUUGGGACAAGGAGGUUUCGGGACCGUCUACAAAGGGGAAUUGCACGAUGGCACGAAAAUUGCUGUGAAAAGAAUGGAAUCCGGGGUAAUUACCGGGAAGGGGUUGGCGGAGUUCAAGUCUGAGAUUGCUGUUCUCACUAAGGUUCGCCACCGGCAUCUUGUUGCUCUUCUUGGUUACUGCUUGGAUGGGAACGAGAAGCUACUUGUAUACGAAUACAUGCCUCAAGGAACACUCAGUAGGCAUCUGUUCAACUGGGUGGAAGAAGGCCUGAAACCGUUGGAGUGGACAAGAAGGUUGGCGAUUGCCCUUGAUGUAGCAAGGGGCGUGGAAUAUCUUCAUGGUUUGGCACAUCAGAGCUUUAUACACAGGGAUCUUAAACCGUCUAACAUUCUUCUCGGGGAUGAUAUGCGUGCUAAAGUUGCCGAUUUUGGUCUGGUUCGUCUUGCUCCUGAAGGGAAAGGAUCCAUUGAAACAAGAAUUGCUGGAACUUUCGGCUACCUUGCGCCAGAAUACGCAGUGACGGGGCGAGUGACUACUAAAGUCGAUGUCUUCAGCUUCGGGGUAAUUCUAAUGGAACUGAUCACCGGAAGAAAAGCACUCGACGAGAGCCAGCCGGAGGAGAGCAUGCACCUAGUAACAUGGUUCAGAAGAAUGCAUCUUAACAAGGACACAUUCCGCAAGGCCAUUGAUCCCACUGUUGACCUCAGCGAGGAAACGCUCGUGAGCAUCAGCACGGUUGCUGAGCUAGCCGGGCACUGCUGCGCGAGGGAACCUUAUCAGAGGCCCGACAUGGGCCACGCUGUCAACGUGCUAUCUUCUCUAGUAGAACUCUGGAAACCGUCAGACCAGAGCUCCGAGGACAUAUUUGGGAUCGACCUUGAGAUGUCGUUGCCACAGGCGGUUAAGAAGUGGCAAGCUUUCGAAGGAAGAAGUAACAUGGAUUCAUCGUCUUCCUCAUUCCUCCCGAGCCUCGACAACACUCAGACCAGCAUACCUACUCGGCCUUACGGAUUUGCUGACUCGUUUACGUCUGCUGAUGGGAGGUGAGAAGCCGGCCGGGGCAUGGCAGUUGUGAAUUAUGGUUGGUUUCGUUAAGUUCUUGUAUGCAUUGGGCUUCUUUUUUGUUGGAUGUAAUCUAAGCUUUUCACUAUCCCAGAUUUGUUCAGGCCUUUCACUGAUGUAGUUUGGAAUAUGACCUGCACUGGCUUUGUAAUGCAAUGAGAACUAGGUUGUAUGUUUGUUGAA